AAUCCUCUUCCGUAGUGAGCAACAUCAAGGACCGUGUGCCCUGUGGGGAGGAGCUGUUUCUCAAUAACCCGACAACAGUAAAGGUGGUGUUUAGUAUAAAUGAAGUUGGUCUUGUAUCAACUAAUGGCACAGAGGCGGCGGAGAAAGUAAAGGCGUCAUUUGUUCACCUUUCUAAAAGUCUUCAACAGUGACUUCCAACUACUUUUUUUAACACCACGACACAGUGCGCAGCAGCAACGCCCCGGGGCCGAAAUUAAGGACUCACUAUGUCUGAUGGGGACUAUGAUUACCUCAUCAAAUUCCUAGCCCUCGGUGACUCUGGCGUGGGAAAAACGAGUUUCCUAUACCAGUACACAGACGGCAAGUUUAACUCCAAGUUCAUCACUACAGUUGGAAUAGACUUCAGAGAAAAAAGAGUGAUAUACAGAUCAACUGGUUCAGAUGGAUCUUCAGGUAAAGGACAGAAGAUCCACAUGCAGCUGUGGGACACUGCAGGACAGGAGAGGUUUCGAAGUUUGACAACUGCGUUUUUUAGAGACGCAAUGGGUUUCCUCCUCCUGUUUGACCUCACAAAUGAGCAAAGUUUCCUCAAUGUCAGAAACUGGAUGAGUCAGUUACAGAUUCACGCAUACUGCGAAAAUCCAGAUGUUGUUCUCUGUGGCAACAAAUGUGACCUGGCAGAUCAGAGAGCCGUCAGCGAAGAAGAGGCCCGUGAGCUGGCAGAGAAGUAUGGAAUCCCAUACUUUGAAACCAGCGCUGCAAAUGGGCUGAAUGUCAACAAGGUCGUGGACGUCCUGCUGGAUCUUGUCAUGAAGAGGAUGGAACGAUGCGUUGACAAGUCCUGGAUCCCUGAUGGGACUGUUCGAGCUAACGGACCCCUCAACCCAGAUAGCUCAGAGAACUCGGACAGAAACAAAUGUGCAUGUUAGAAUGAUGCUCAACCAUUUCAGCUACUUAUGUGUCCAUAAUGGUGUAACAAAAACAACAAGAAGAUUUCCAAGUUCGAUUUUUCACAAAGUGGCAAUAUAAUGUUUUGUGUUAGAUAGACCUUGGCAUUAAUUUGUUCAUUGCCCCACAGACUUGUUCAUACUUUUAAUGACCUGCUGUGUUUUCGUCAGCACAAAGCUAAGUGCCUUUUGAAUAUAGACAUUUCCAUCAGGAUUAAUAUCAUGGGUCUACUGAAUAAUGAAUUCAUUCUGGUUGUCAAUGUGGGGUAUUUGUUAUUUUAUGAUGCCUACUGUAAUUGUCCAGCUUUGAAUAUGCUUAUCACAUUUUCAGGUAUAAACUUUGUGCUCCCUUUUGCUAUGAGAGUGCUGCUGUGCCACAUGUGCUAUAAAUAUACUGUUAACUCUUAAAUUUGUGUAAGGUUAAUGUAGAUUCACAAGAAAAAAUGCCAUCUGUAUAUAUCUUUCUACAACCACAUGCCACAUAAGUGUUGGGGAAGAGAAACUGGCUAAGCUUGAACCCUUAGGUAACCAGUUAUGUUCUACUGCUACUCUAUGUCCAUUUGAAUACUGCAAUCUCACCAGUGCCACAACCAGAAAAUGAAUAGCUCACAUGGACCAUCCAGUAUUUGCUAGAUGGACAUUCAGCACUCAUUUAUUUUCUCUUCUAAAUCAGUGCUUGUGCUUGUUUGCUUGCAAAAUGUCUAAGUUGUCAACACUUUAUGUACAGUAAUUACAAAAAUUGGAUGUUCAGUAGUUUGCUAAGAUGAAUAAACAUGUCAUACAAAGCAA